GAGCCGCCGAACGCCGUGCGCUUCACCGCGCGGGGGCGCGGCGCGCGCGGGAUGGCCGGGGCGGACGCGGGCGGCUCCAGCACAGGCGCUGACGAGUUUGCCGUGGUCCUCAGACACCUCGCGGACGCGGUGGACGGCGACCCCCAAGACAAGGGCGCUCGCCGGCUGCCGCGGUGUCAGGAGGCGCCGCCGUCGGGCUGGGCGCUCCACGGCACGCUGGCCUGGUGGCCGCCGUGCUGGCGCGGCCUGGUGGUGCUGCUGGCGCGGCUGGACAGGGUCCAGCAGGGCGUCCAGGACGCCGUCGCGGCCCUCGCCGUGCUGGUGUGCCUGGCCACGCUGAGCCUGCUCCUCCGAGUGGUCGCCAUCCACCGUGCGCUGGGGUGCCGGCGGCUCGUGCGCGUGCCCGACGGGAAGGUGGACAGGCUCACGUCGAUACAUUGGAUGCUGACCAACGUGGCCGUCCAGCUGCGAGGCCUGCGGCAGGAGACCGCCGCGCGGCGGCUGGCCGUGCGCGGGUUCGCCGGCAGGCUGCGGAUCUCGUCCCCGCUCCGUCUGCGGCUCAGGAGGUACAUGGACCGCCUCCAGCUGCGGCCGCCGCGCGCCUCGGCCGACGACGAGCGGCGGCGGGCCACCGAGCUGCUGCUGGACCUCCUGGAGGAGAUGCGCAUCCCCGCGCUGUCUGUGCACCCCUUCUUCCGGAGCCUGCGCGUCAAGCACCCGGACCUGGUCCGCGAGCUCUGCCUGGAGGCGCUGCUGCCGCUGCUCCGGAGUUCCAACGAGACUGUCUUCAGCACCGCCGAGUCGUGCUCCAGG